AUGUUAAGCGUAUCGUUCCUCUCUACAUUUAAUUUAUAUAGAUGUGAUUUAACUGAGAAUUUUGAAAUCGCUUCUGUUCAAAGUGAACGUGAGCGUUCAGAUAAUAACGCAAGAGCAGAUGUUGAUGACGAUGGUGAUGAGACGGUAUGUACGAGUGCAGUUGAAAUUGAUACAGAAUUAGUUAAUGUUGGUACACAAACCGAUUAUGUGAUGUCCCAAAAUUCAUCGAACAAUAUUCAAAAUGUUGUUUGCAUGACAAAUGAACGACAGUCAUUAAUUGCGUAUGACAAUGAACUCCUCAGAGUUGCCGAGCAAAUCGUCGAACUUCAUAAUCGUGUAUGUAAGCGGAAUGAUAAACCAUCGAAUUGUCCUCCGUCACGGAGUCAUAUAUCAUUCGCCGAUGCCUUUCAGAAUCCUCUUCUCAUCUGCAGUCGCUCUAGGCUGACACCAACGGGUGAACGAAUUGCUUCAAUGGGUGAUGUACUUCAAGAUUGGCGGCGCUGCUUCGUCCUUUAUGUGGAUUGGCUUAGAGAAUUUGAUGAAUUCAACACGAUGAGCAAUGAAGAUCAGUGGCUGAAACUAAUGGCGAAGGCAUAUAUGAACGUGCCUACAGAGUUGAUAGAUGUCUCGUUGGAUGGUCAGAAGCACAUGAGGGACAUGCUCGAUCGUUAUUUGCGGGUCAUUUACAAUCAUAUUCGAUUCAAUAAUCCAGCGCAAACAAACGAGUUCAUUGCGUUUCGUAUGGCACGCAUUAUGCUUCUUAUAUCAUCGAUCACGAAUCUGACCUAUUUGACGAACGAGAAUAUUCAGUUGAAUGAUGUACUUCAUAUUGUCGACUGGGGCGCAUGCUCCGAGAGGAUUCAUGAUAGUUAUCAAUAA